GAAAUAGAAAGAAAAGCAACAAAGCAGAUUAAAAAAAUAGAAAGCAAUCUUUACAGACGUUUUAACAAUUAAAACAAAGAAAUUUAUCACAAAAAAAUUGUUAAUAAAUCAUUAACAACUAAUUGAUAACAUAUUUACCUGAAAUUCUAAGACAUGCAAAGUGUUUUAAACAGUGUUAAGGGCACAGCCCUAAAUGUAGCCGAAUAUUUGACACCAGUUUUAAAGGAAUCUAAAUUUCGUGAAACUGGUGUCUUGACACCAGAGGAAUUUGUGGCAGCCGGAGAUCAUUUGGUACAUCACUGUCCCACCUGGCAGUGGGCAGCUGGAGAUGAUAAUAAAACCAAAUCAUAUUUGCCUAAAGAUAAACAAUUCUUAAUUACCCGUAAUGUACCCUGCUAUCGAAGAUGCAAACAAAUGGAGUAUGUGGGCGAAGAAACAGUUGUCGAAGAGGAAGGUGGCGAUGGCGGUUGGGUAGAAACGCAUCAACUAAACGAAGAUGGCACUGCCCAGGAAAUCGACAAAAUCUGUGAAUUAACUUUAGACGAUAGCAAGGAUGAAAUGCACACACCCGAUAGUGACCAACCUGGUGAUAUGAAUGAUGGUGCCGCGGGCGAUGAUGAAGAUGAUGAUGACGAGGCUUUAGAUAUGGACGAAUUUGAGGAGAGUGGCAUGUUGGAGUUGGUUGAUCCUGCGGUAGCAUUAACCACCAGGAAAUGUGAUAAAUCCGAUACCACUAAAACGGAAGGGGCAUCAGCAUUAGAUGCUGGCGACUCAGUACUACAUACUCGUACCUAUGAUUUACACAUAACCUAUGAUAAAUACUAUCAAACACCACGUCUCUGGGUAGUGGGUUAUGAUGAGAAACGUAAACCCUUAAAUGUUGAGCAAAUGUACGAAGAUGUCUCACAGGAUCAUGCCAAAAAGACUGUCACCAUGGAAUCCCAUCCCCAUUUGCCCGGUCCCAAUAUGGCCUCGGUUCAUCCCUGUCGUCAUGCCGAUAUAAUGAAGAAAAUUAUACAAACCGUUGAGGAGGGUGGCGGCGAAUUGGGCGUGCAUUUAUAUUUGAUUAUAUUUUUGAAAUUUGUACAAACUGUUAUACCAACCAUCGAAUAUGAUUUUACACAAAAUUUCAAUUUAUCUUAAAUGUAAUGAAAUCAACUAAGAGAACAACAAAAUAAAGGCAGGCUUAAUUUAUUCAACUGUUUUUCAAAUGCCAUAAUUUGCUAUAAAUUACGAACAUUUUUCUUAAAAGUUUUUUUUAGAGCAUGUAAUCUAUGUGUAUGUUUUAUUAUUAUUAAUAUAAUUAUUAAUUUUUGUUUGUUUAUAUUUAAGAUUUAAGUAUAACAAAAAACGGAAAAAUUUUAUUUUGCUUUAAGAAAUAAAGACACAUUAAAAUGAAAAAUAUAUAAAAA